CACAGUCAGAGAUCAGAUAAAAAAGACAACCUUAUUCAAAUCCGCAGAGGUCAUAGAAACAGGUAUAUAUACACGUGUAGAUUUGUGAAACGUUGCAUUUGAUGUUGUUUGGCUACGAGUGUUUUGUCUGACAAUAGCAUUAUGAGGACCCAGACGAUUAUGAUCAUGGCGGUCGUGCUGGCAUUUGCUUGCUUGUUGCAAAUGGGUGAAGCAAUACCAGCCACUUCUCCUGCUGAACCUGAGGCUCCUGCUACAACUGAGGCUCCUGCUGCAACUGAGGCUCCUGCUGCAACUGAGGCUCCUGCAGCAACCGAUGGCGGCGAUGAUGGCGGCGAUGAUGGCGGCGAUGAUGGCGGCGAUGACGGCGGCGAUGAUGGCGACGAUGACGACGGCGAUGAUGGCAGCGAUGAUGGCGGCGAUGAUGGCGGCGAGGAUGAAGACGGAAACUGAGGCAGUGAUAAUGCCUAGUGAUCCAAUUCAAUGGACAUCACUGCUAUAUAACGUGGCGGACUCAGGUUUCUUAUUGAUUGGCUUAACACAACAGUGUCGUUCACGGUGGUUUAAUUUAAUCUGAAGGACAUGAGUGAACACGACAAAGCGCACCAAAUAUCAACUUUUAUUCGUGAAACAGCACACACUGUGCCUAUUGUUACUGUUUACAAAAACAUUUUUCGAUAUGAUAAGAAUUCUACCCUCACAAACACUGUCUAUACAUUGUUGUCUUCAUAUGGAAAUAAACACCUGACCGUCUUC